AAUCAAAUCCCUCGCAAAAAUGUAAAUGAGCAAGUUGCAGGAUGGUACCCAUGGAACCGGACUGUACAUUUUGCAAUUUGAGGCGAUAGGUUUUCAGACCAUGAUAUCCCAUAUUUCAUUGCAAAUUAACAAGAUGGCGGCGCCCACGACGUUCAUGAAAUGCUACGGAAGGUGUUUGCAAAGACCACUUUCAAGAUUGUUGCAUGGGAAAUCUGUGAGGCAGUUUUCAGCAUCAUGUACAACAUCAGACGCAGCAAGUCCACUGGGCGCACAUGAAUCAACAUCGGAUAUCUUCAGGACUUCAGAGAGUUCCCCAGCAAAUCAUGGAAUGCAACAUGUUGGUCAAUAUUACACCAUCCCCAAGCAAGACGUCAAGAAAAUUCUACCAGUAGGCAGCCCAACCAGGUGGGAACAAAUGAUUGUUCCCUUUCAGGAGGCGGCCAUCAUGGUCAGACAGCCGGCCGUAGAGACAAUAGACUAUCUCAAGAGAGCUAACUAUGACCAUCCUCCGGUACGUUACGUCCUGUAUGGAAGAAGAGGCAGUGGCAAAACCAUGACAUUAUGUCACACCCUACACUACUGUCACAGUCAGGGCUGGCUUAUUGUACAUGUGCCAUGUGCCAUUUCUUGGACUGUGAAAGGUCGGUUUGAUUACAUCGACUCAGUUCGUCAUGAGGGGAUGUAUGACCAGCCAGCUUUCUCUACGGAGUGGCUCAAGUAUUUCAGAGCCAGAAAUGAACACUUCUUGAAAGAGUUGCAGUCGACUGAUAGUUACGUAUGGAGUAAACGGGAGACCACAGAGAAAGGACAACCCCUCCUAGCCAUUGUUGACCAGGGUAUCUCGCGGCCUAAGAAUGCAAGUGAUGCGAUCGGAGUCAUCUUGAAGGAGUUGCAGAGACAGAGCUGGAGCGGUGCAUUCAAGAUGCUGUUUGCAGUCAAAGGCGUGAAUGGUUUCUUUGCCGACAAGACGAUCGUACGCAAACCUGGUGGAUACAUUAUUCCAGUGAGGGAAAUGACCAUGGUGCAACAUUUCAAGAAGAUGCUGCAAGGCAAAUGGAUUAAUGGUGCCAUAGUAACUAGUGUGGACCAGCAUCUGUUACGCCCACCAAGGAACGACUACAAACCACUUCACCUCUUACAGAAAGAGGGUUUUGAGAUGAUGGAUCCCUUUGUGCCAAUCUAUGUCGACAACUACACAGAUAAAGAGUUUGAAAGCUGCAUUGCUUUCUACAAGGAGAAGAGAUGGCUGCAGAAUGAAUCAGCAUACAGUGAAGAUGGCAAGUCACAGCUUCGAUUCCUGACUGAGAAGAACCCAGGAUCCCUCUGCCGAGUCUGUGCAUCACUUUGAUUGCCAGUCCCACGAUACACUGCUAUAUACCCCUCGUUCCUCUUUGAUACCGAGGAGUAGACCCUUUGUACUUUCAAUGACAUUUCCUGGAAAGGUCUCUAAAACCUGCCGUAAUCUUUUGACAUUUUCACGAAAUCACCAAAUAUGCGAAAACACGUUUUAGCUCCUAUAAGCCCUUUUGGAAAGGACAAAUUCUGCAUAUUAGAACAUAAUUUAUUCAACUGACGAAUGGUUUUGUUGUAAACACGGACAUUAAUAAAAGACAAAGCAAGGUAAACUACCACACUUUAAUAGUGCAUAGACGUUUUAUUUACAUUGGAAGCAAAUUAAGUAUUUGACAUUUAUUUGUUUACUUCUUAUUUCUUUCUUGUACAUAAAUAAUGCAUUUCAUUUCAAAGUUGUGUGCAAAAACCACAAGAAGUGCACAUUGAAAAUGUCCAAAGUCAUUGGGAAUAAUAAAAUUUUAAAACAGAA